AUGGCGCUCCGAUUAGAACGACUAACGGCGACUACGACGAUACGAAGGUUAAAGAAGCUAGGAAAUGUCUACUACGAGUUGCUCUCGUUGCAGGAGUCGCGUGGGGUCGCCGACGAUGUCAGCGACUGUCGCCGGCAACCAGCAGCAACAUCAUCCCCACCAGGAGUGGGACAUAAACGACUCGAACGUACCGAGGAAAGUCCCCUCCCGAAGAUUCAACGAAAUCGCGUCCCCACGCGAGCUCAAGAAGUAGAGAUUUUGCUUCAGGUAGUGGAAUACGAUCCCUGGUGCGAAUGGGCGGACGGACACGUGAGGAGAGUCUACGGGCCGGAUUGCGAGGAAGCGAGGAGGCACGCCUCCGGCUGGGCGAUGAGGAACACCAACAAUCACAACGUGAGCAUUUUGAAGAAGAGCUGCCUGGGCGUUCUGGUGUGCUCGCAGGAGUGCAUACUGCCCGGCGGUGGUAGGGUUCACCUCCGACCGGCGAUUUGCGAUAAGGCCAGAAAGAAGCAGCAGGGCAAGCCGUGCCCCAAUAGACAAUGCACCGGCCGCUUAGAGAUACUGUCGUGUCGCGGUCACUGCGGUUAUCCCGUGACGCACUUUUGGCGGCACACGGAGCACGCGAUCUUCUUCCAAGCCAAGGGCCAGCACGAUCACCCGCGGCCGGAAGCGAAAUCCACGUCGGAGGCGCGAAGGAGCGUGGGUGCCGGCAGAAGGGUCAGAGGGUUGGCGGUGCUUUUGGCGAGAGAGGCCGCCCUGGGCUCCAAGUUGAUGUCGUUGAGGGGAACUAAAAGACCAAGCACGGACACGCUCGAACAACCGUCGCGAACGACGCAGCCACCUCCACUGAUCUCUGAUAAAGGAUACUCAUGCUCGUGCCCGCCCUUCGAGUGCAUGUGCUCGCUGCAGACGAACGUGCCGUCGUAUCCGCAGUCUCAUCAUCAUCAAACAACAAUAUAUCCUCAACAGAUGCCCUCCGCGGACGGGCCUUACUGGCUGCAGGACGUUCCGUCGCAGGAGAAUCCCGUUAGUUACUGUUUGCCGAACCAGGUUCCUCAGGAGGCGUCCUACGGCGACUUUCCGCCCUUCACGGGCGAUCUCUUCCAGCCGGAGGAGAUCUUUCAGCUGGACCAACCGCUGAGGCCGGAUUUCUCCGCGAAUCCCCAGGACGUGGCUCGCUCGCCGCCGACUUUGCUCGAUCUCGGCAGCGGCACCAUUAAAUACGAGAUGAAGCAGCAAAGUCAGGAUCAGGCCUACUGGAACCAGUUUCUCAGCGAAGACUCCAGUAGCAGUCACCUGAGCCUGCCUCAGGACGACAGGCUCCACUUCGCCAACUUCGAGCCCGAGAAGGUCUCCAACGGCUUCCCCUCCAGACGGACGAUCCACCAUUACAUCCAAGAGAAGACUCAGAAUCAGAGCGCAAAUGACGUUCUGAGCUACCAAAAUUAUCCUCGAUCGCAGAGUCAAAAGGGUUUUAUCGAGGGAAACGCGAAGGACGAACACGAGCAGUCUUACUGGCCGCAGGAUCAACAAGACAACAGGUUGCAUCUGGACAGCUUUGAGGUCAAGGAGGAGGACCUCCUGUCUUCGCGUAGAGAAGUCGAGUGCUACAGGAACAGUUGUCAAACAUCGAUGGUGAGCAGAGCGGAGUACGGCCUCUACCAGAGGCCGAAGAGCGAGGAUCUGCAGGAGACGGCGCGACGAAACUGCAGCCCCGAGAGCAAGUCGUAUCCUUUCGACGGCUACCACCAAAUGUUCGAGCACGGUGACGCCAAGAGCCAGCCGCACAACCGCGCCAUCCAUCAAAGUUCAACCCAGACGAACCUGGACGAGAGACUUCAGGGUUGCUACGGCAGCCAGGAGACGCCGGAAACUGCGGAGAGGCUGUUCCACAACCCCGGCGUGGCGGAAACGUCGGUCCAGUCGCGAAACAGCCCCGAAUCCUUCUUCUACCCCAGCAACGAACGUUGCCACUACACCUGCGAGGUCCUCGAGCGGGUGCCGCAGAUGGUGAGCGCCGGGCCGGUUCAUGGAACCGUCAACAAUUACGGCGAUCCGGCUGCCGCCGACCUGGAUCUGCCGCCCUUUGUAGAUUACACGCUAGUCGGGAUGCUGUGCAGCUCCGCGGACGACGAGACGUCGAGUCUGCUGCCGGGGUGUCCUCAGGACUCGCACAACUACAUUCCUCAUCAUUAGAGAACGUUCUCGCCGCUCUACUCUACUCAUUUGUAUCAUAUAAAUAAAUAUAAGAUAGCGUUGCACUUUCUCUCCGAACGGACAGACCCGUUUAAUUUAUUCAGC